CUUCAUUCUUUUAAAGACAUGUACAACCUUUGAAGCCGUAACCAUGCAGCCUACCUACACUUACACCCCGGCUUCAAAUGCCCAAACUGCGAAUUCGCCCACUGCAACUGCCUCAGGUGCGAGCACCACAUCUACCACCAUCACCCAUACCGUUGCGCUUGACGGCGACGAAAACAUAGCCACUUUCAGAGACAAUCCCUCGAAGUUCCAAACGAUCCGGGUCGCCAUUCAUACUACUGGGCCAUGGCCAAACUCCCCCCACAGCGACAACCAUAUUACUAUACUUCUGCUCCUGCAGGAAGGUGGUGCAGUCCAAGUCGACAUGAGAACUGAUCCGGGCGACAGAAGGGGCAAACUCGUCUAGAAACUACCCAGGUCUGGACUCUUUAUCGUGCUAUACGAUAUGAUUGGAAGCUUCACCAAUAUCUAUUCUCAGCUGGUGGCUCUGGAUGUCACUAUUGGAACUACUACCUCUUGCGCUUAAUGACAUCAAACCCAGAUAGAUUUAGGCUGCAUGAACAUGUCCCAAAUCAUGUUUGGAAUGUUUUCACGAAGUGGUAUUCUCGUACAGGGGCGGAGAGACCGAACAACAUUCUUCAGGGUGAGUUUCAGGA